CGAAUGAAGCGAUAUAUGACUUCCGCUGAGGAAUCCGUGAAGGAAACAACUGAGGAAGAGGAGGAGGAGGAGGAGGAGUUUUCUACAGCUGCAGACGGAACGUCAGAAAUGAUUGCGUCGAGUUUCAGGGACUGUCAGGCGUGGAAAGAUGAGGCUCUCCCGCUAUCGACCAGCAGCAACGAGGCGUCCAAACUGUAUGACGCCAUUCUCACACAGUAUGUGAAAUGGAGGAAUGAUGAAACACUGGGAGGAAUUGAAGGAUGUAUUUCUGCUAUCCAGACAGCUGACCCCAACUUUGUUAUGGGCCAUGUGAUCAGCACUGGGUUGGAGCUGAUUGCCACGACAAGCAGCCCCCGGCUGGACGAGCGCCUGGCCAGCGCUGUGAGGCGAACGGUGGAGCUUGCCAGCAGCCAGGAUAUUUCUCCCCGGGAGAAGCUCCAUGCCAAAGCUGUGGAGCUCUUCUCACGCGGGAAUUUCCCAAAAGCCUGUGAAGUGUGGGAGGAAAUCCUGCUUGAUCAUCCCACUGACAUGCUGGCUCUGAAGUUCGCCCACGACGCCUACUUCUACAUGGGGGCCCAAUCACAGAUGAGGGACUCUGUGGCCAGGGUGCUGCCCCACUGGAAGCCUCACACGCCGCUGUCCAGUUACCUGAAAGGACAAUACUCCUUCGGCCUCCUGGAGACUCGUUUCUACGACCAGGCUUUGAAAGUGGCCAUGGAGGGUCUCGCCUUGACCCCUGAUGAUGCUUGGGCCGUCCACUCUGUGGCCCACGUCUAUGAGAUGAAGGCAGAGGUGGACAAAGUCGUGAAUUUCAUGGAUAGCAGAGAGAAAGACUGGCAGGGGUCUGACAUGCUGGCCAGUCACAACUAUUGGCACUGGGCUUUAUCCUUCAUCGAGAGGGGGGAAUAUGAAGCUGCUCUGCAGAUCUACGACUCCCAGAUAUUCAAGCGUUGUAAAGCCGGGGCCGCCAUGCUCGACAUCGUAGACGCCUGUUCAAUGCUCUACAGACUGGAGAUGGAAGGUGUGUGUGUGAAGGAGCGCUGGCGGGAGCUGCUGCAGGUAACCCGGCCUCACACCGACGACCACGUCACGCUGUUCAACGACCUCCACUUCCUCAUGGUGGCGCUGGGGGCCGACGAGGACGGGGCCGCUCGGCACCUCCUAGAGGGCCUCCAGGAACUGGCCAGGGAACCGGGCGACAAUCAGCAGCAUCGGCUGGCGAAGAGCGUAGGCAUCCCGAUGUGUGAAGCUAUGAUGGAGUACAAGCAGGGCAACUUCAGCCAAGCUGUGGCGCUGUUGCAUCCUUUACGUUACAGCAUGGUGGACAUCGGUGGCAGCGACGCUCAGAGAGACCUGUUCAACCAGCUGCUUAUUCAUGCAGCCAUGAAGUCUGACAACAAGCAGCAUCACAAACUGGGAAGAUGUCUGCUGGUGGAGCGUGACGCCGUGCGGCCCGACUCCCCUCUGACCCAGCGCCUGGUCCAGAAAGCUCUGGCUCUUCACGACUAGAGGGAUUGCAGCGCGCGGGCGGGUCCCACGUGAAAACAUCAAAGCGCCGCUCUAAUCUGAUUUUGUGUUGUUUGGGUUUAGGAGACAUGAAACCCAGAGGAAGGAUCUGCUCCCGUUAACCAGAACGUGCUUCAUUCCUCAUUGAAUGUGAAAUUAUGAAGAAAUUGUUUGAAAAAUCCGUCAUAUUAUACAGUUCAAAGUAAUAUUCACAUUUAUUUUCAAAUGUAUAACUUUUUCAAUACACUUUUCUAUUAGUAAUGAGAACCAAUAAAUAAACACUUUGCACUAUG